AUGUUUACUCAACAUUUGCAUCUUGCAUUAUUCGACAUAAAAUUGAAAUCCCAACAUAAAAACUUGUACUUGAUCAAAGGUAGUGAGUACGAUGUUGAGAAUUUGCCAUUUGAAGGUAGCGUUAAGCUAUCGUUGAAAGAAGACAUACAUAUCAAGAAGAUCAAGUUGGACCUUGUUGGUGAGUUUUAUUACGAAUACUCUCUGAAAGAAACCCAUGAACAAUUUUUAGAUCGAUUGUGUGUUUUGAAAGUUGAUUGGAACAAUUUGCUCACUGAUGAUGAAGGAAAGAUAUCUUUUGGAAAUUAUGGUGAUGGCACAAUUCCUUUAUACAAGAUGAAGAAGGGGGGCGCUAGUGACAAAGGUUCGGCUUCUGGUUCAGGUAGCAACUCGGGAACAUCUACCCCCAGACCUUCAUAUGGAAGAACCAAAUCGACUCCUAUGAUGAACUCAUUUGGAGCAAAGGAUUCAUCCAAGAUUAUUCAAAUUCCCAAAUCGGGGAUCGAUGGAACACCGUUCAAGGAGUUGAAGGAUGCACCAGGCCAUUCGUUUUUAUUACCGAAAGGAAACUAUAGCUUACCAUUCAAAAUAUACCUUCCUGCAAAUGUUUGUGAGACCGUUGAGGGGUUACCUAUUGGAACCUUGUUGUAUAAGUUGCAAUGUUCCAUUGAAAGAGGAAGAUUUGAAAAAUCACAUCAAACGAGCAAGCAUAUCAGGAUAGUUCGUACAUUACAUCCACGAAACAUGAAUUUGCUUGACUCGAUCGAUGUCGAUAAUACUUGGGUAGGUAAGCUUCAAUAUUGUGUCAGUAUGCCCAAGAAGGCUGUUGCUAUUGGGUCAACAAUUCCUAUUCACAUUACAAUAAUACCUAUAGCCAAAGGGUUGAGUUUGAAAGCUAUCAAUGCGUGUAUUGUUGAACAUUAUCAUAUUCAAAUUGGCAAUCAACGGUCUCCUGAAUAUGAGAGGUUGUGUGGUAAACAAGAACUCACGAUUCCAAGUAAUGCCGAUUUGGAGUACGAUAGAUGGGUGGUGAAAACGCACUAUAAAGUUCCCGAUCACUUGAGGCAACUAUCACAAUCGUGUGAUGUAAAGAAUAGCAUGAUUGUUGUGAAGCAUAGAUUAAGAGUGGCUAUUCAAUUGAAAAACAAAGAAGGCCACACCAGUGAAUUGAGGGCUAACUUGCCGGUUGUUGUAUAUUUGAGUGCAAAUAUCGGCCAUGUUGUUGGUAGGCAUUACGAUAUUGACAAUCAUCAUGGCACGUUCCAAUUGGACUACAAAAGGGAGGAUGUGUUGUUCCACAAACGGGACUCGGCACCAGCCACGCCAGCCGUCUCUGAUGAUGAAUACGAGGAUGAAUACAACACGGAAGAUGAAACAGACAAUGACUUGGACAGAGAAGAAAGUGCACCACCGCUUUACGAAAAACAUGUUUUUGAUAAAAUUUUCGAUAUGAACUUGCCCCAAACACCACUCGAACAACUCAGAUCGCAAACAGGAUCCCCAAUUGGAUCUGCCAACAACUCCACAACCAAUCUAAAUGGGUAUUUCGAUAUACCAAUACAAAAGGCAUUUGAACUCAAUAGGAAAAAAUUGACAAGAAAGAAUAAAAGCGUUGAUUUUUCUCAUAUUCCUUCGUACAAUGAGGCGUUGGAUGAUGAUGACGAUGAUGAUAGCUAUAUUCAAGAUGGAUUUGCGCCGAGCUAUUCCGAUGGCGGCAGUGGCAGCGGCAGUGAAGACGCAAGAUCCAAGUCUGGGUCUUCGACACCAAAUAAGAUCAUGGCUAAUAGUAGGCACAAUAGGAGUACAGGACAUUUGAAGAUACCUUUAGGGAGCCACUCUGCAUCCCAUUCCAGAUCCAGCUCUGGUAUAAAGUUGGACAAAUUGGGAUCUGAGUUUGGAUCACCAAGAUUGACGAGUAAAUUGUUUAAAAAGAAGGAAAAGUGA